ACCUAAGUACCUCCAGCCAGUCUACCGUAUGGAAUGUCAAAAUCAUCUUUUUCUCAGUCAACAACCUAAUAAAUAGUUACAACAAUGUCGUAUUUGCAUCUAUUUUUCCUUUUAACGACAGUCCCGACAAUUUUGUCCCACCCAUCGCCAUGCCGUCUUCACCACCCACGCUCAUCUACCCCACUUAUCCGCGUGUUAGACGACACUCAAACAAUUCUGGGGAAGAAUGCAUACGCUUCGUACGAUCUCAUCUCGCAACCACCCCCAAUGAUUGAGUGCUCCUCCCCAAUGGGAAAAGUUUCUUGGACUUACGAGGGGAGAGGGGCAUCCUCCGGGGUUAAAUUAAUAUCAACCACGUGGUCAAAUAAAAAAUUAAAGACAAUUUGCUACUCGUCCACAAUCGUGUUUAUCAAUGUGACAGAUCAAUUAGUGGGAAGGUGGAGUUGUGGCGUGAAUAAUUUAGAAAGUGAAAAUAGUUUCGUAUUAUUUGUGCCACAACCCAUCACAUUUUAUCCCCUUGAAGGAGAAUUGAUUAAAAUUACGGUAGCAUCAACAUCAGAAAGUGUUACAAUUCCAUGCAUUUCGAAGAAGAGAUGGGCCAGUGGGUUGAAGGUCUUCGUAAAAAAUGAAACUGACGAUGAGGAAUUACUAAAUAAUCUCCAUUACGACCCAUUUAGUGGAUAUCGUUUUUCUCUCUGGAAAGAAUUGUUUCAUGGAAAUAAAGCAACAUUUGUGUGCAGAUUUGGAGAAAAUGUACAAAAUGAGACACUCGUAACAGUCGAAGUUAAAUUAAGAGACGACGAACUAAUCGCCCCCAUUCCCACGCCAACUCCAAUAUACUCGUUUUCUCCCUAUUUUUCCUGGACGAGUAAAUCACGACCAGAAAUCAGUCUACAAACUUCAUCCCCUGUAAAUACUUUAGAGUGGCAACAACUUUAUAUCAAAGGAGAUUACGAACAGGAAGGAAAUUCAUCCGGAUCAAUUUUCCAUCUUGGUUCGUUCCAAGUAUUAAGUGGGGAUGAAGGCAAAGUAGAAUUGAAAACGGAUUCCAGUCACGAAUGGAAUUGGGUAGUUCUGGAGAAAGAAAAGGAACCGUUUGUCGGAUUGUCGUACGACGUUCAUGGAAAUCAACAUGUUUUUACUUGCGUUUCAGGAACUAAUUCAAUUCCAAAUAUUACUUUUAAAUCUUUGACAAACGAUGAGUCUGGUGAAAAUUAUAGUUUGACUCCGUGCCCUACUCAUCCGUUAUCGCUGGGUUGUAUAAUGUUAACUAGCACGUUACCAUUUGGUAAAGUCAGUUGUGAAGGGGAUGGAAUUAGUGAAGUUAUUCGAUAUCCGCUAUCAAUCCCGUUUUCACGUCCAUAUUUUAUUGAGCGGGGUGCUUCCAUUGAAUUGAUGACGGUUGAUCAUGCAAAUCGUACUAUUCCAUGUGCAUCAAAUAAUAAGGACUCGAUCGUUUAUCUGUUUAAAAGUGACGAAGAAAAUAAUUGGAGUCUGAUUUAUGACGGAUUUAAUAAUUUGGAGGAGGGUUGGAUGUUCUAUCCUCACGUGGGAUUUGUUAUGGAUACGGGAAAUUUAGAAUGGGAUAAUUUUCAUGGAAAUUAUCUCUGCACGAGUAGCAUGGAUUUGGAGGAUUAUAGUGACGCCGUUACAGUUGAAGCGAAAAAUUACACCUAUUUACCACAACAAUCCCAAAUAACUGUCUCGCUUCCGUACUUAUUAAAAUGGGCGUGGUCAUCAGAGACUGAUGCGAUAACCGUAAAUGAAGAACAAUUAACCAAUUUCAUCAACAUAACGACAAAUAUAAACUGGAUGACCGCGGAAUUAAUUUUAACUGAAGAAAUGUUUACUGAAAAUGAGUUAAACGUUACGUUAAGCCGGGGCGGUGGUAUAAUUCAUGAAUGGAGAAUUACCUUGGUCACUAUAGAAGAAAAAUUAGGGUUAACUGUAACCACUGGAGGAAGUGAUUCUUGGAUUGAAAUAAUUUGUAGAGGAUCCAAAACCGAGGUGGAGAGGGACACUGCAAAAUUAACUUAUUAUACUUGCAUAAAUAACGAUACUUGCAAUAUCAUGGAAAAUUGUGAGCGAAAGGAUUGUUUAGAAGUAACUAAUCAAGAGAGUUCUUCAUGUCUCGUAAAAAAUGGUUGUCUACGUCGUUUCUUGAAGUCAUUCCCAUUAAAUGGUUAUCUAAAUGUGGUUUGUUCUUUUAAUGGAAUCACGGAAAAGAGAUCCAUCUUUGAUGUCUUUUUCCGUGAGGAUAUGGAAACGAAUCAUUUAUCGUUUCUCUCAGCUAACGCAGCAAGUUCGGAGUCAAACCCGUCGAAAGAAAUUGUUGAUCUCGGAUCUAAUUUAGAAUUUGAUAUUGGUGAUAGCGUAGUAUUUUCAUGUGGAGCUAGUCCUGCACAUUCUUAUCAUGGGAUAAGAUGGGGUUGGGAAAAUUUGCAAGAGCACAUUAAUAUCCAGUCGGACGAUCCGUAUGACCCACAAUGGAAAUACACUUCCCCUACACAACUCCUCUCGACUUUUAAUUUCCAUAUUAAAAAUUUUGAUAUAAAACGAAUUUGGUGUUUUAUACCGCAAGAAAACGGAUGGAAAAAUUUGUCACAAAUUAUUUUUGUUCGUGGAGAGAUAUCUGAAACCUGCCAUGAAACAGAACCAUCGCUUCGCUUAUUGAAUAUUUAUCCGUCUCCGUCGCAACUAAAUUUCAGCUUAACUUCUGUACGAUUAGAUAAAACAGGUCAAUUCAUAGCACCGAAGGGAUUACUACAAUUUUCCGUCAUUGCCACAGCAACGGAGCCAAUUGAAUGGCAUUUUACUGGGGUUGAUGGACCCUCGUUAACCCCCUCCAUUCAAAAUGAUCGUUUAAUCAGUAAUUUUUAUGAUCCUUCUACAUAUUGUCACAUUUCUAAAUUGUUGAUAAAUUUAAGGCACAAAAAUUCAAGUCAAGAUACUGGAUGCUUUAUUGCAAGAAUUGGUAGUGCCGAAAAAAAUUUAAAAUUUUGUUUAUUUGUUCCAAAUGAUGAAAGAUAUUUUAUAAGUAAUGAUACUGAAAUUAAUGUUAAUUUAUGCGAGGAUUUAAAAUUACCGUGUGGCGUUAGUGAUCCUAAUAUUGAGGUUACCUUGGUUAGAGAUAAUUAUACCGACAUUAAUUCAACAUACGAUCCAAUCCAUGGUUUCACUAUUUCAAAUGACCUGAAUAAUCUUGGAAAAUGGAAAUGUCUCGCAGGAAAGGAAGAAUUGGUUGUAAACGUUGUCCAAAAAAAACCCCCUUCCGCUCUAUUGGAGCACAAAUUACUCGGAAAUGUUCACAUUUUUACGUGCAAAUCAGGAAGUGAUACCAAACCAAAUCUUACUCUAAGCGAAGGAUUAUCAUUUCAAAAUAAAGAUUGUGUUGGGAAGGGAUGUUCAAUAAUUACGACAAAUGUUGCUAAUGGAACCGUCAUUUGUUAUGGAGAUGAUGUUAUGGAAACUAUGGAAUUUCGUCAGGAAUCUGAUGGAGGAAGCCUGGAAAAGAAUGGAAUUUGGUAUGAUUCAGAAAUCAAUGGAUUUAAAUGUCGAAUAAAAAAUUCAUCAGAGGAAAUGAAUGCCGUAACUUGUCGGAGGCCUAACGAAUGUGCAAUUAUGAUGGAGAAACUAAAAUUACGAGGGAUAAAGACGAAUCAAGUUAAGAAAUCUUGUGGCGUUGAAUGCACUCAACUAGAGAUGCAGAACAAAAAUUGGUUCACAAUCUUUAUUCAGUGCAACGAAUUAUUUAUGCAGUUUUUCCAUCAUAAAGGAAUCAUUCAAGCGGGUUCAAUAGAAACGAUGAAAUCCAUGAAAAAAAUUAAUUUGGACGUAACAAGUUUCCAAAAGCGCAAUGAAAUAACAAUCUCUGCGAAAUUACGCUGUUUUGCUAAUCGUUACUUCUAUUCGAGAGGAAUCGUUUGGGGUUUAGAGAAGAAAGAUGGAACAAUGGAAUUCAAAUUACCAAGUGAAAUGGAACUCCAAUCUCAAAACUUGAUAAUGAGUGAAUUGCAAUUAGAAGAAUUGGACUUGACUAAAAUUUGGUGUUUUGUACCAAUUCUAAAUUCACAAAAGUGGGCAAAUUCAUCAAUAGAGUUACCUAUUACUCAAAUCAUUCAUAAUUUUUGGUAGAUAUUGAUAAGUAAUAAUUACAAAAAAUUUUAAUAAAAUAAUUAUUGCCUUCUAA